GUCAUUGUUCGCGCUCUGCUGAUCGCCUUCAAGAACUGCCACAUCAUGCUGCAAAUGUCCACCCGUGACGUGAGGUCCAAUCAAGCCGACAAGAAAGCCUUCCGCACCUUCUUCUUCCCCCAAUUGCCGGAGAGUGUCUGCUCCCCCGAUCGUAUGCUGGAGGACAAGCACUGGCACCACUACGCCAUCUCCGUUUCAAUCGAUCCGGCCUACGCCGAGGUGCAGGCCAGCACCCUGCUGGUGGAUGGAGAGGAGAUUGGAACCCUCAGCGAGCUCAAUGAGACCAUUACCUUUCAGCGGCCGACUCAGAUGCAGUUCUCGCAAUUGUGA